ACUCAAGCCUCAUCCCAAAUUAGACCAAAAUCAAAACAAUCUCACUUCUUCUUCUACGACCAAGCCCUAAUCAUCAUCUCUUUUAUUUCUUUUUAAUUCUUUUAGAGAUGAUUUAGUUUGGGGUUUCUCUUCAGAUCCGACCCACCCCAGAUUUAAUGCAUUUUCACGAAGUACCUCACAUGGAUGAUGAUAGUUGAGAAGGAUAAAAUGUCAGCUCCUUCAUCCAGGGAGCGCACACAGCAUCUUUAUGAGAAGUACUCUCUGCAGAAUAUGGAGUUGGAAAAUAAUCGUAGGAGAUCAGCUCGGGCACGAGUGCCUUCAGAUCCCAAUGCCUGGCAGCAGAUGCGUGAGAAAUAUGAGGCUAUAAUUCUUGAGGACCAUGCUUUUUCUGAGCAUCAUAAUAUUGAAUAUGCUUUGUGGCAGUUACAUUACAAGCGGAUUGAGGAACUACGGGCACAUUAUAGUGCUGCACUAGCUUCUGGAGGAUCAGACGCAUCUCAGGGUGUGAAAGUUCCUCCAGGACCUGACCAACUUACAAAAAUAAGAGUACGGUUUAAGACUUUCCUUUCAGAGGCAACAGGAUUUUAUCAUGAUCUAAUUUUGAAAAUCAGGGCAAAAUAUGGACUUCCAUUUGGCUACUUUUCUGAUGGUUCAGAAAGCCGAAUUGUUAUGGACAAAGAUGGAAAGAAAUCCACUGACAUAAAAAAUGGUUUGGUAUCUUGUCACCGUUGUUUGAUAUACUUGGGAGACCUAGCUUGGUAUAAAGGAUUGUAUGGAGAUGGAGACUCUAAAUCACGCGAGCAUGCGGCGGCUUCGAGUUACUACUUGCAAGCUGCAUCAAUUUGGCCGUCAAGUGGUAAUCCACAUCAUCAGCUAGCUAUAUUGGCUUCAUAUUCUGGAGACGAGCUGGUGGCUGUUUAUCGAUACAUCCGGAGUUUGGCACUGGAUAAUCCAUUUACUACUGCAAGGGAUAACUUGAUCGUGGCCUUUGAGAAGAACCGUCAUAAUUACUCACAACUUGCUGGGGAUGUUAAAGCUCCCUUGGUCAAGUUAUCAGGAAAAGGUAGAGGGAAAGUGGAAACAAAACUUUCACCCCAAGAUACCAACAUGGAAAUGAACACUGCUACGGAGAAAGUGUCUGGUGUCCAGGAUACUUUCAAGUCUUUUUGCACUCGAUUUGUCCGUCUAAAUGGCAUUCUUUUUACACGCACAAGCCUGGAGACUUUUGCUCAUGUUCUCUCUCUGGUUAGUUGUGAUUUAAGUGAACUUCUCUCCUCUGGGCCAGAAGAGGAACUUAAGUUUGGCGCAGGUGCUGCUCAAAAUGCACUUUUCCUUGUGAGGCUUGUUUCCAUUCUCAUAUUUACAGUUCACAAUCUGAAAAGGGAGAGUGAUGGUCAAACAUAUGCUGAAAUUGUGCAACGUGCUGUCCUACUUCAAAAUGCAUUCACUGCCAUUUUUGAGUUGAUGCAACAUGUAGUAGAGAGAUGUUCACAGCUCCAGGAUGUUUCCUCAAGCUACACCUUACCUGCUAUUCUUGUUUUUGUAGAAUGGCUUGCAUGUUGCCCAGAUGUUGCAGUAGCUGGCAGUGAUGUGGAUGAGAAACAGUCGAUUACUAGAUCAAUUUUCUGGGAGCAAUGCAUAUCAUUUCUGAAUAAGAUAUUGUCAAUUACGCCAAUGUGCAUUGAUGAUGGUGAAGAUGAUACCUGCUUUUCAAAUAUGAGCAGAUAUGAAGAAGGCGAAACUGAAAACUGUCUUGCAUUGUGGGAGGACUUUGAGUUGCGAGGGUUCUUGCCACUUGUUCCAGCACACUCUAUUUUGGACUUCUCAAGAAAACGUUCCUUUUUAAGUGAUGGCGACAAGGAAAAGAAAGCCCGUGUUAAGAGAGUAUUAGCAGCUGGGAAGGCUCUAGCUAAUGUCAUUAGAGUUGAUCAGGAAAAUGUUUCUUUUGAUUCAAAAGCCAAGAAAUUUCUUAUUGGUGCCGAGGCUUCCAAAAAUGUCACAGUUAGCUCUUCUAUUUCUCUAGCAACAAAUGUUGAGGGGCAUGAAACCCCUUCUGAAAAGACGAUUAAUGUUGGAAAUAUGCAGCCAAUCCCACAACCUAGAAUGAUUGAAGAGGAUGAUGAUGAUGAUGAAGUGAUUGUUUUCCAGCCAGUUAUGAGCGCAAAGAGAAAUGAAGUGAUUGGGCCAAACCAGCCACUCUCUGACACUUUGAAGCUUGUUCAGUGUGGCUCUGCUGAUGAUGUCAAAUUUUAUGGCAGUGCCAUGUCUGCUCCUCUUGCUAGUCCUCAUCAGCAUAAUACAUUUGAGGCUAGUUCUCUGCUGUCUGUAUCUGUUGGUAGUAUUGCCCCGCAGCUUCCCCAGGCUGUUCAGAUGCAACCAUCUAGGUUGUCAGUGAGAGAAGCUACUUCUAUGUUUAAUAGCUUCAAAGGUUUGACAAUGUCGGAGAAUGGCCAUUUAACAGAACAUGGCAUGCAAGAUAAUGCAGUCCUUUCACAUCCUGCUGCAUAUUCAGUCGGUAUCAAAAAACUACCCAUCAGUGCCUGUGCUAGCAGUAUGUACUACAGUCAAACGAAAGUGCCAGAUACUGUGCUGCCAUCCAGAAUUGAUGCUGUUGUGUCAUCUGGAAUUACUGCUCAUGCUUUAGCUGCUAAAACUUCCUUUGCUUUGCAAGUUGGAGCACGGAAGAAUCCGGUUAGCCGCCCAGUUAGGCAUCUUGGACCUCCACCUGGUUUUGGCCAUGUUCCUUCAAAGCCAUUGAGUGAAUCUGUUUCUACAUCACAAUUGGAGAACCCCUUGAUGGAUGAUUAUAGUUGGUUGGAUGGGUAUCAGUUAACAUCAUCAUUGAAAAACUCUGGGCUUGAUAAUUCCCUCAAUCAUGCUGCUCAUGCAGAUCCCCAGUAUGUCAACCACAGCAGCAAUGGCUAGAAUGGAACUGUAAGUUUUCCUUUCCUUGGGAAACAGGGUCCAGUAGUGCAGUUUCAAAUGGAAAUGCAGAAAGGCUGGCAGGAUUACCAUAUGCUUGAGCAUCUGAAAAUUCAACAUGAACCAAAGUUGCAGCCACAUCAUCUCAUGAAUGGAAACCAGUAGUUUACUGUACAGCCCAAACAGUAUCAAGGACAAUCGGUCUGGACCGGUCAUUAUUUUGUGUGAGAUCAAUAAGGUUCUUUAGUUGAGAAUGAUUCCCGUUGUACUGCAUCUGUUUGCUGCCAAAUUAUACUCCCACUUUGAAGCAUUGUCGGUAUUGAGUUUUUGUUGGAGCAUGGCUGGCCUUGGCUUCUAGUGGGAACUUGCUGCUAAACAAAUUUCAAGGAAGAUUAAGGAAACCAUGUCUUUAAUGCAGAACUUGUAAGGAGUAAAUGCCUUAAAUGGUUACGUGGGACGGAGAUAAAUCGUAUUAAUAAGAUCAUCUAUCAGUUUUGGGGCUAUAUCUUGCGUUGGUUGGA